AUGCUCUUCUCCGUCUCGUCUCUCGCGGCAGCCUUGCUGUCGGCGUCCGCCGUCAGUGGCCAUAUGAUCAUGAGAAACCCGAUUCCAUAUGGUGUCAGCACUCUCAACAAUUCUCCCUUGGCCGCUGAUGGCUCAGACUUCCCUUGCAAGCUGCGGAAGGGCGUGUACGACAUUACCGAGAUGAACAACAUGACAAUCGGCGAGAACAAUCCCCUCGACUUCUACGGGAGCGCCACCCACGGUGGUGGAUCCUGUCAGAUCAGUUUGACGACUGAUGCGGAGCCUACCAAGGAUUCCAAAUGGAUGGUCAUUCAUUCCAUUGAAGGAGGCUGCCCUGCAAAUGUUCCCGGUAACCUGGAUGGUGGUCCCAUGAGCACGGGUGCAAGCACCUUUCAGUUCAAAAUUCCCGAAGGCAUUGAGCCAGGUCGCUACACGCUGGCUUGGACCUGGUUCAACCGAAUUGGGAACCGUGAGAUGUACAUGAACUGUGCUCCAGUCAACGUCCUGCCCGCAAGCUCAACUCCCAGCAACAAGCGCGAUGCGACCGAGGAGAAGCAGUCGACCUCCCUUUCUAAGCGUACCAACUUCCCAGAUCUCUUCGUCGCCAACAUCAAUGGUUGCAUGACCAAGGAAGGCGUUGACAUUCGCUUCCCGGACCCUGGCGACUCUGUUGAAUACGAUGGAGACCCUUCCAACCUCCAGCCUGUGGGUCAGCCUGCUUGCACUGGCGGUCCGGGCCCUGGUCCAAGUGGUAGCGCUCCGGCUGGCACCUCCCCUGCGGCCACCUCCUCUGCGGCUUCCACCCCUGCAGCCUCCUCUUCAACUCCCAUCGUGUCUGUGUCUGUAUCUGCCGGGAUUCAGCCCACUGUGACUGCAGCGCCCGGUGUGUUCGCGACCAGCGCUUCAUCCAUCGCUGCUCCCUCCGCUGCAUCCACUUCUGCGUCGCCUAACACCCCCUCCUCCAGCUCUGCUGCUUCGCCCAGUGCCUCGGGCACCCCGUCCAGCUCUGGCUCCUCGUCCAGCAGUGGCGCCCUCAGCGGUCCUUGCAGCCCCGAUGGCCAAUGGAACUGCAUCGGAGGCAACUCUUUCCAGCGUUGUGCCAGCGGUGUCUGGUCUGCUGUCGAGUCACUCGCCGAAGGAACCGCUUGCACGACUGGCCAGUCUACCGAGCUUAAGAUUGCUGCAACGAAGCGUGACGCGAGUGUGUCACAUCUGCACCGGAGACGCAUUCACCUUCCGAGCCAGCUUCAGAACUGA